AUGUCAGCGCUCAGCACUGCCCUUGCUGUGCGAUGCCAGUGCCUGCCUUCCCGCUCCCGGCUGGCCUUUGCUGGCGUGGACAAGGCAUGGGCGCUGGGGUCCCCUGGCUCCGAAGGACUCAUUGGUCUCUCCUCCCACAGCGCUGAGUACCCCGACCUGCGGAAGCACAACAACUGCAUGGCCAGCAACCUGACGCCAGCCAUCUAUGCCAGGCUCUGUGACAAAACAACCCCAAAUGGCUGGACCUUGGACCAGUGCAUCCAGACAGGUGUCGACAAUCCUGGCCACCCCUUCAUCAAGACUGUGGGCAUGGUAGCUGGCGAUGAAGAAACCUACGAGGUGUUUGCUGACCUGUUUGACCCCGUGAUUCAGGAGCGGCACAACGGAUACAACCCCCGCACCAUGAAGCAUGUCACAGACCUGGAUGCUACCAAGAUAAAAUUUGGCCACUUUGAUGAACGCUAUGUGCUCUCGUCCCGGGUCCGGACUGGGCGCAGCAUCCGCGGGCUGAGCCUGCCACCAGCCUGCACCCGUGCUGAGCGGCGAGAGGUGGAGAAGGUGGCCGUGGAGGCACUGAACGGCCUCACCGGAGACCUGGCAGGCCGCUACUACCGCCUUGGCGAGAUGACGGAGAAGGAGCAACAGCAGCUCAUCGAUGACCACUUCCUCUUCGACAAGCCAGUGUCCCCACUCCUGACAGGAAUGGCCCGGGACUGGCCCGACGCACGAGGGAUCUGGCACAACAACGAGAAGACCUUCCUGAUCUGGAUCAACGAGGAGGACCACACACGUAUCAUCUCCAUGGAGAAGGGUGGCAACAUGAAGCGCGUCUUCGAGCGGUUCUGUCGGGGCCUGAAGGAGGUGGAGCGGCUAAUCCAGGAGCGAGGCUGGGAGUUCAUGUGGAAUGAGCGGCUGGGUUACAUCCUGACCUGCCCCUCCAACCUGGGCACUGGGCUGCGAGCAGGCGUCCACAUCAAGCUGCCACUGCUCAGCAAGGAUAGCCGCUUCCCUAAGAUCCUGGAGAACCUCCGGCUACAGAAGCGUGGGACAGGUGGUGUGGACACUGCAGCUACUGGCAGCAUCUUCGACAUCUCCAACCUGGACCGGCUGGGGAAGUCAGAGGUGGAGCUGGUGCAGCUGGUGAUAGACGGUGUGAACUACCUGAUUGACUGUGAGCGGCGGCUGGAGAAGGGGCAGGACAUCCGCAUCCCCUCCCCGGUGCCACAGUUCCGGCACUGAGCUGGACCAAGGCAGAACCAGCCCUGUGGGGCCCAGCUCCCCCCAUAGCUUACGUGAUCUCUGUGCCCAGCAUGUCGCUGCGUCCUGUUACCCGCAACGCGCCAGGCCAGACCCCAUAAAUGUGUGCUGCUGUA